UCCCUCCCUUCCCCCUGAGGCUAGAACGGCUGGGCCAUGCGAGGGCUUGGGGCAGCGGUGGCUCUAGCUCCGCUCCCCGACUGCGGCUUGGAGAGGCAGUGGGCUCCUGGCAAAUGAUGCGGCCGCGGCUGCUCCCGAGUGCGCCCUCCGCCUGGGUCCCCGCUGCCGCCCCUCUCUGCUCGCUCUAUCCCACCGAGAGGAGUUGAUGCUGCUGUCGCCGCCGCCGAAGCCUCGGCUGAUGGAUGCCAGGGAGUGCCGCAUUGCUUAGCGUCCCCGCCUCCAGGUUUGCUGAUGCUCUCUCCCCGCCCUGGAGCUCAGCGCUGAAGAGCCACCUUAUUAUUAAUCAGAAUUCCCAUCGUUAUCCCUGGCAGGAGCAUCCUUCGGUAGGGACUUCGGCAGCAUCGCAGCGCCGGGGCUGAGAUGUGCGUGGGGGUUGUUUUUGUUACAUCUUGGAAAAGAAGACGACAGUACCAAGAUCAGCACCACCAGUGCCGGGUAGGAUUAAGGGUAUUUUGUUAGGAGAGGAAAGACAGGAAGAAGAGUGGUGGCCUGGCCAGAAGUCCUUAUCCCUUUAAGGGAAAGAGAAGAGGGAACCAAAGUGGGGUAUUAUUUUUAGGGGGUCAGGGGAAGAAGUUUAUAUCUCCAAAGAAAAUCUGUGGGAAAACGGGAGCAACAGGGUACUGGAUUGGACACUGGGACAAAACAUUUCCUGUAAAAGAGAGGAAAGGUGGUGAGGUUUGGGGGCCAGAGUGGUGGUGGAAGGGACGAGUUUGUCGUGGGACAGUCAGCAAGAGGAAGGGAGGGCUCAGGAAUCAACAGAACAAUGACUCACUUACAAGCUGGUCUCUCUCCUGAGACCCUGGAGAAAGCUCGCCUAGAACUCAAUGAGAACCCAGACACACUGCACCAGGACAUCCAGGAGGUGAGGGACAUGGUCAUCACCAGGCCGGACAUUGGCUUUCUGCGCACAGAUGAUGCCUUCAUCUUACGCUUCUUGAGGGCCAGGAAGUUUCAUCACUUUGAGGCCUUCCGCCUCCUGGCCCAGUAUUUUGAGUACCGGCAACAGAACCUGGACAUGUUCAAAAGCUUCAAGGCCACUGACCCUGGGAUCAAACAAGCGCUGAAGGAUGGCUUCCCUGGUGGCCUGGCCAACCUGGACCACUAUGGCAGGAAGAUUCUAGUCCUUUUUGCUGCCAACUGGGAUCAGAGCAGGUACACACUGGUGGAUAUUUUGCGUGCCAUCUUGCUUUCUUUAGAAGCCAUGAUUGAAGAUCCUGAGCUUCAAGUGAAUGGAUUUGUUUUGAUCAUAGACUGGAGUAACUUCACCUUCAAGCAAGCCUCUAAACUUACUCCAAGCAUGCUGCGAUUAGCUAUUGAAGGCCUUCAGGAUAGUUUCCCAGCAAGAUUUGGAGGAAUUCAUUUUGUCAAUCAACCAUGGUAUAUUCAUGCCCUAUACACCGUGAUCCGGCCUUUCCUGAAGGAGAAGACUCGGAAAAGGAUAUUUUUGCACGGUAACAACCUGAAUAGCCUACAUCAACUAAUUCAUCCCGAGAUCCUACCCUCUGAGUUUGGAGGAAUGCUCCCUCCUUAUGACAUGGGCACAUGGGCAAGAACGCUGCUAGACCAUGAGUAUGAUGACGACAGUGAAUACAAUGUGGACUCCUACAGCAUGCCUGUGAAGGAAGUAGAAAAAGAACUGUCUCCCAAGUCUAUGAAGAGAUCCCAAUCAGUAGUGGAUCCUACAGUACUAAAACGCAUGGAUAAAAAUGAGGAAGAAAACAUGCAACCUUUGCUCUCUCUGGACUGAUAAUCUACACUCCCUACGGAUUAGAAAUGGAAGGUACUAGUUUUCAGCAACAAGGACAGCACUGUGGAAGAUUUACCAGCUGGAAACCUAUUUAUUCAUGUUAAUGUAGCAUAAUAUAUAAUAAGGUGUCAGGCUUUCCCAUUUGCCUGAACCAUGGGUGCCCUGAGAUGGAUUAAAAAAAAAAAAAAAAAGUCAAUAAUUUAUUCUGUUAAGUGCCAAGUUCUUUGUAAAUAUAAUGUAAUCUUAAUGUCAAGUUUGUAAAUUUUGGUAGUAAAUUAAUUUGGAAAAUAUUGGCUCAUGAGUUCAUGCCAGUGAUAUGAACUAUAACAAAAAACAGAAAAGACACAUAAAAGAUCAAAGUGAGUUAAAUGUAGCCCUGUUUCCUAUGAAGCCAUAUUUCAGCUAUCAUAGUGAUCAUUUCAUUGUUCUCUGAAACUCUGUCAGCAUUCAGACGUUCUUGUUUAAUGGGCACUAAAUGACUCUUGGAAAUUAUUAUGAUAAAUGUAUUUCCUGUCUAGUGAUUUUCAUUUCACAGAAAAUGUGUCCUGUCGGCUAUCACUUGCCUUGCAUUUUGGAGAAAAAGAAUGACAGAUAAACUCGUAAAAUGAACACUUGAACUCUUCCAUGUUGUUUAAGUCUGGGAGUCUUGCAAAAAGUUAUGUUUCCUCAAUUAAGA